UCGAUGCGACGGGUUACCUAACUUGUCAACACAAAACUCGGCCGCACAGGUACCUCGCUCUCAGUCUUCGCUCGCCAGUAGUACAGUGAAAUAGCCAAGGGAACAACGCUUAUCGGAAGGAUGGCACUGAACAGGCUCCAAGAUGCUCCACAGACCCAAGGUUCUGAUGCAGAAGCAUCAACAGUGGUGAACCUAGUGGAGACAGACUCAACACCAGGGGGUGUCCAGCUGGUCAACCCUUACAGGACCAACAAAGUGGAUUGCAUGGACUUGGUUCAGCUUGCACAAGAAAUCCAGAAGGCAGACAAAUUUGUUCAUGCCAAUGUGAGCAACAAGCUCCAAGUCAUAGCUGAACAAGUGAGAUUCCUUCAAGAUCAGGCCCGAAGAGUCCUGGAAGAAGCUAAAGAAAAUGCUGACCUUCACCAUGUGCCUUGCAACAUUGUCAAGAAACCAGGAACAAUCUACCACCUCUAUAGAAGGUCAUCAGGACAGAGAUACUUGUCGCUGCUGAGCCCACAGGAGUGGGGUAGCACCUGCCCCCAUGAGUUCUUGGGAAGUUACCGCCUUGAGCAUGAUCAUUCUUGGACCCCAGAACACAAAAUGGAAGCCAGAUCCAAUGACCAGCAAAUGAUCAACAAGAUCCUGACCUGCUCUAAUACCUUAUCAAUAACCAUGGGAGAUAAAUCAAACAUUUGAGGACAUGUUUCAGAGCUUUUCUUAUAUGCAUACUGGUUUUUCAAUUUAAUGAAAUUCAAUUAUGUACAGUCUUGGUAAACCUCUAGUAUUAUAUACUAAUUUUUUUGUAUGUAACUUCUGAUAACUUUUAAUUAUUCUGUGAAAGUUGCAACUGUAUGAGGUUUAUCAAAAUUGUGUGUAUAUUUUGCUGAAUCUUUUCUAUGUUUAAGUGUUAGAAAAGAAAAACUUUUCCCUAAAUGAUACUUAUCAUACUGGUAAUAGUAAUUGGUGAAGUGUGUGUUGUAAAUCUUUGUUUAUAAUUAUCCACUAUGUGGGUAUGGAAGAGGUUAUUUACUUUUUCUUCUUGCUCAAGACUUUUGUUUGAGAAAGUCAUACUUUUACUGAUUUAUGAUGUUGCAAAAGGAUGUUGAGAAUGAUUUUUACUUAUUUUGUUAAUGUACAACCUCUUAAGUAAAAGUGAAAUUGCUUACCUGAUCUUAUCUACUCGACCCAAUCCUUGAAUUUUUGGAAAGUAAAGAUUAUAUUUGCUAUUAUCAAUUUUACUAACUAUAAUAAUACUAAUAAUGAUUGUAUUAAUAAUAUGAUAAUAGUAACAUUGAGAAUGAUAACUGUAAUGAAAAUUUAAAUUUUUUAUUCCAAAAAGCUCAAGUAUGGGGUAAACACAUGAGAUCAGAUAUACAGUAUCAGUAAGUUGUAGUCCUCUGUUAGUUAACAAAAUUAACUCCUUCCCGCUCGAUCUGUGGAGUGCAGCUGUAUGCCGUGGCGAUGCACCAAAGUGCUACAAGCCGGGGGUUCGGCUUGAUGUACUGAACUCCUGCGCUCAAAGUCAGCUCGUUGCCAUUAAUCUCCAGAGCAUAGAGUUUUCUUCUUCUUCUUCACCUGUCAGUAAGGGGUUAAUGAAACAAAACUACAGUGCUUGUAACCAUAGCCAUUGGGUCAACUAACAAAUUUAUGAGGUAUGUUUUACAUUACUUAGUUGUGUUGCCGUUUGUCCAUCAUAUAACUGGUAAAAAGUGGUCUUGCCUAGCAUUUAUUAGUAAAUGCUCUGUUUAUAUAAAUGAAUUGUUUGUGUGUGUGUGCCCUUGCUGAAAGCUAGUCUAAUUGUAUUUUUGGAAAGUGAAUACUAUACCAAUUUUAUAUAUUUAUGACUGCCUGAUAUCUUGUGACAAUUUUGUAAAUUAUAUUAAAUAAAAGUAUCAGGAUAA